AUGAAGGAUUUGGGCCCUUUAACUUACUUCUUGGGACUUGAGGUGAGUCGUAAUUCCCAUGACUAUUUUGUUAAUCAGCAUAAGUAUGCAAUGGAUCUUGUCAAAAUGGCUAAUCUCAGUGACUCCAAGAUUGUUGAUACUCCCUUAGAGGUUAAUUUGAAACUAAGCAAGGAUGAUGGUUCUUCUCUUGAAGAUCCUACUCUUUACCGACAAUUGGUAGACAGCUUAAUAUAUCUCACGAUGACUCAGCCGGAUAUAUCAUAUGUAGCCCAUAUAGUAAGCCAAUUUGUGUCAUCUCCGUGA